AUGACUGCGACGAAGGCAGAGUCGCAGAAAAUUUUCGAAAAACUUAAAACUAAACCUGCAAAUAAGAUAUGUUUUGACUGCGGCACCAACAAUCCUACGUGGUCCUCGGUCCCGUUUGGCAUCUACCUUUGUCUAGACUGCUCGUCGAACCACAGAAAUCUCGGUGUUCACAUUUCCUUUGUUCGUUCGACGAACCUUGAUCAAUGGCAAUGGGAGCAGCUGCGGGUUAUGAAAGUGGGAGGGAAUGAGUCUGCGACGAAGUAUUUCCAAUCACAUGGAGGAACCGCGGCUUUGGCCAGCAAAGACCCGAAAGUUAAAUACACGUCCACCGCAGCCGUGAAAUACAAGGAAGAGCUGAAGAGAAGAGCAGCAUUGGAUGCUCAAGAACACCCACAUGAAGUUGUUAUCUCUGAUGUAGGCCCGAAUUUUGCCUCUGAUGGGGAUGCCACCACUGGAGGAGAACCUGAAGAAGAUUUUUUUUCUUCAUGGGAUAAACCAGCCAUCAAACGGCCAAGCAACUCGCCCUCGCAGUCAGCAACCCCACCUGUAGUCAGCCGCACUGUUUCCCCGUUCCUCAGUGCUUCCGCAAACGGUCAUGGAACCGCUCGACCAAAGUCCCCCCUUUCUGGUACGGAAGAUAAAAGUACGGUACCUACCCCGCCAGUGGCUGUCCGGUCAAAUCCCGCUGUGCGCAAGACUGCAGCCGCCGGUGCCAAGAAAGGAGGGAUCUUGGGAUCCAAAAAGGCACCAAAGCUGGGUGCGAAGAAAGUUACCCCCGCCGAUGCUAUUGAUUUUGAGGAAGCGGAGAAGAGGGCGAAAGAAGAGGCGGAGCGUAUUGCUAAGCUGGGAUAUGACCCUGAAGCCGAGAAGGCACAAGCUGAAGCUAAAACAGGAUCCGCAUCAUUAACCACCAGAAUUGCAUCCCCUGCACCGGUUAGUCCUGCUCGAGGUGGUUUUGGAGCCACCAAGGCCCAUGAAAGAAACCCCAACGAUGUUGACCGCCUCGGAAUGGGUAUUGGCCGUCUGGGAUUUGGUCAGGUUGGUGCCGCGCCGAAAGCACCAGCCCCUAACAAACUAGGUUUUGGAGCAACCAGCGCGCCUAAUGCUGCCGAUGCCGAGGAAUUAGAAUAUGCCAGAAAGAAAUUCGGUAACCAGAAGGGCAUCUCCUCCGACGAAUUUUUCGGUCGCGAUCAAUUCGAUGCUGCCGCCCAGGCGGAAGCCAAGAGCCGACUUUCAAAUUUCGAAGGCGCGACAUCUAUAUCUAGCAAUGCUUACUUCGGCCGUCCUGAAGAUGACCUACCGGCUAACGAUGAGUACGGUGGUUAUGAUGAUCUAGAGAGCGCAGCGAGAGAUUUUGUACGACGCUUUGGAAUUACGGCGGGUGACGAUCUGGAGAAUCUGACUCAGGUGCUUGGUGAGGGUGCGGUAAGGCUGCAAGGAGCUAUUCGAAAUUAUCUUAAUAGUUAA